AUACCAACACUGAGGGAAAUGAAUAAAGCUGAUGGAUUUGAUUGAUGGGAUCUAUGAUAAAUGAAGCAGCACUUCCAGUCUGUUUAUGAGAUUAUCUAAGAAUGUGCACAAUAUAAUUAACAUAAGCUGGAAAGCGAUGCUCAUUUGCUGUAGUCAGUGACCUUGGGAUAAGAAGAAUAUUUGUGACUGAGCAACCGAGUACCCAAUUCCUAUGUUUCUCUUUCAGGGUUACAAACACAUUUAGUGCCAUUGUUGGUCCUUUAGUGCUAAAAAUACCUCAGAUAAUGUUUGCCUAACAGUACUACCUGAAAUUGUUGGAGUCAGGGAGAAUUUAGAGUUCAGCUAUCAUGUACAUUUGGGACUAUUUGAUUUAAAAGCAAUAGCUGGCAUUUUCUAUGACGUAAAUAUGCAGACACACAGGCAACCAAAGACCUUUUCCAUGCUGUCGAGUCUGUAUGAAUCACCAUGAAGCACUUUCGAUCCCACUUUUUUGACCAGCACAACAUGGCCAAAAAAUGGAUCCUACUACUUUAAAAGUGCAAUGUUAAAAAAGAAAGAGGGAGAGAGAACAAGCAAGGAGAGGGGGAGGACAGAAAAAAAAGAGAAAAAUCAGAUUGCGACAGUCGAUAUUAAAACAUGCACUGAGAGAGAGAGGGGGAGAAACAGAGAGGAAACCAAGAUCCAGGCCUUUCCACAGGGACAACAAGAAAGAAAAAGACACUUCACGGCAGUUAUCUUUCUCUCCCUCCUUCUCUCUCUCUCUCUCUCUCUCUCUCUCUCUCUCUCUCGCUCAUCAGCCCCGCGUCAAUUGAUUUGUGUAUGAACAGCUGGGCGCUUUUUCGCCCCCCUCUCUGCCUGUGUGUUCUGAAUGAUCAGCUGAUGAAGAGACUGACUGCACGCUGCAAUGCUGGGUUGCUAAUUCUCUCGCCUGCAGACAAGCGGCAGCCUGGAGACCACAGCCAGUCUCAGGCUGUUCUAAAAGGAGCGUCUGAGGAUAUGGAGGAAGAAAGCAGUUUGAAGAAACGAAAAAGUGAUCACCAGAGCAACCAGGCCUCUGAAACUGGGCAGGAGAUUGUCGAGAAAGUCAAAAAACGCCGUGGCCGACCCCCAGCUGAGAAACUCCCACCAAAUCCCCCAAAACUUACCAAGCAAAUGAACACUCUUGUUGACAUGGUCAUCAACUACAAAGAUACGUUGGGUCGCCAGAUCAGUAAAGGUUUUGUUCAGCUGCCAUCUAGGAAAGAGGUACCGGAAUACUACGAGCUUAUUCGCAAGCCUGUGGACUUUCGGAGGAUCAGGGAACGAGUACGUAACCACAAAUACAGAUGCAUUGCAGACUUGGAGAAAGAUAUAAUACAGAUGUGCCACAAUGCUCAGACUUACAACCUGGAGGGAUCUCAGAUCUUUGAGGAUUCCAUUGUGCUAAAGUCCGUCUUUGAGAGCGCAAGACAACGAAUAGUAGAAAUCAAUCAAGAGGACACCGAUGCUGUUGGAGGCAGCGAGGCAGUGUGUGCCAAGCACUUAAAGCUAGAGAUAAAAUCAGAAGCAAAAAAAACAAAAUUUGACAAGAGUAGGGAGAGAAGCACCACUGUUCCUGCUAAUUCCAGUGCUAAAUUAAAGGGGAUUUACAGCGAUGAGGACAGCACUGAAGACCAGGAGGACAACACAGGCUUGGAGGAUGGCUGAACUACAUCUUCUGGAUAUGAGCUUCAUGGAUCUCUGUCAUCUUGCUAAUAUUGGAAAAUGAUAAGCUCAUCAAAUCACUUAUAUUUAUGUGAGUUGAUUCAGUGUCUUCAUUGUUCCCAAAUUUGUUCCAGACUUGAUCAUGUGCACAUUAAUAUAUUGAGAUACUGCUAAUGGUAUUAUGUUGUAAUUAAGCAUAUAAACCAUCCUACUGCAUUAAAGCCAUAGACUAAAUAUAAACUCAUAUCUAGAUGCAUACAUAUAUUCGAGGAUGGUAAGUAACUAAGCAAACAAGUAAACAAUAUUUCUUUUCAUUUUGCACUUUUGGAAGCGUAGUAACCUCAGUGUCAAUAUAGACAAAGGUUGUAAAAGAUAAACUCCACUAAGGGCCAGUCUAGGGCAAAUAUAUAACUCACAUAAUCUUACUACAUCAAUUAGCAGUUGGAACAUUCAUGAAGCACCCCUAUGUUCACACAACACCUGAGUCAAGGGACAAACACAAGGUUGUAUUACAACAUUAUAUAACAUCAUGGCAACUGACUUUGGAGCUCAGUGCACUUUUAGUAUGUCAUAGUUAUAUAAUGGUAAUGAUUUGCUAUAGUUUGCUUAAAUAAAAUCCAAAAGAUGUUCUGUAGUGUAUCUCCUGAACUCAGCAUUUGUUGGUAACACUUACAUGAAACAACUCUGUAUAACAUUGUUAUAUACCGGUAUUAACAGUGACAAUAAUUACACUAAGGUUAAGUGUGCUUCUUAUUUCUGUUUCAUGUAAACCUAUGACAAUUCUUAUUGUGUCACAUCACCAAGAUAUGAUUCUGACGCAACAAAUGUAACACUGAGUUACAAAGUCAAGUUGUCCUUUUUGAUGCAUGAAAUGUCUCAUGUUAACAGAAUUCAGCUUGGCAUCAAAAAAGACAAAAAGCAAUCUUUAUGACAGCUGUUCACUAUUGUACUUUAUAAAGUCUUUAUAAAUGUUAUGUAGCUUUAUUUCAGUUGUCAUGAAGGGAUUAUGCAUGUGUCGUGUAACCCUGUAAAAUUCGCAAUUGGUAUGAAACGUUUUAACAGUCAGGGAAGUAGCCUUUUUCCACUUUAAACCUAACCAUUUUUCCAUAUAAUUUUUGUUAAUAUAUUAAUUUGUUGAUUAAAUUAAUUUGGAAAUUUAGAUGACCUAAAGUUUCCACUUCAUGGCCACUUCUAUUUUAGUUUGUGAACAUCUUUGGGAACAACAUUGAAAACUGAACUCAUGUUUAAUCAGUCAAUGUCUUAACUAUAUGAUUAAUGAGCCCUGUGGUGUUUUUGGAGCAUGAUGCAUUUUGCUGGAAGGACAUUGCCCUCAAGAAAGGGUUCUAAGGAUAACACUGUCAGGAUGUGUAUGUAGUUUUGAGGGUUGGGAGAGAAAAUGUCUUUAUAGGUAGAUUUUGAAAUAAAGUUUUUAAGGUUUUUAUGAUAUGAAAGUGCAAAGAGGUUUGAUUUGAAUCAUCAUAAUUGAUAAUAAACAUUUUUAUAAAUAGUC